AUGGUAGAGGCAGCCGAUUGGCACGGUUUGAAUGACAGGCUCCUUGGAAUGUCAAAGGAAAAUAUCGCAAGAAUGUAUGGCACCCAACUGCUGUCGGAAAAGUUUCAUUUACCACCCCCUCCAAUCAAUUCACAAAAAAUGCGAAAUUUCGAGCCUCCUACAGACUUUGACGCUCGCCAGAAGUGGUCAACUUGUGAAUCCUUAAAGCUAAUUCGAGACCAGUCAAACUGUGGCUCAUGCUGGGCGGUUUCUUCUGCAUCUGUGAUGUCUGACCGAAUAUGCAUAGCCAGUAAUGGAAAUCACCAGCCAUACAUUUCAGACGAAUUUAUUACGGCUUGCUGCCGUUUUUUCAGCUAUGGAUGCCAAGGAGGCAGUCCCUUAGGAGCUUUCCUAUUCUGGCAAUUCGGGAUACCGACCGGUGGUCCAUUUAAUACAACAUAUGGAUGCCAACCGUACACGAUUUAUUGCAAUGGCUGCAAGUACACUGCUCCAACACCACCCUGUUCACAUGAGUGCAUACCAGAGUACCACGGCACGUUUGAAAAUUCGCUGUACUAUGGCACCAACGUGCACUGGAUAAGAAACAAUACGAUGGCACAAUACGAAAUAAUGAAUGCAGGACCGAUUGAUGUAACGUUUUUGGUUUAUACGGACUUUAUGUAUUACAAAGGAGGAAUAUAUCAACAUGUGUGGGGAAAGUUUGAAGCUGCUCACGCUGUAAGGCUGAUUGGUUGGGGCAUCGAAGAAAAUGAACCGUAUUGGUUGGUGACGAAUUCGUGGGGUACAAAGUGGGGAAUGAACGGUAUGACACAAAUGUCGCAGCUCAAGGUUCUAUUCGCACUUAUAGGGUUAUUCAAAAUUCGACGCGGGAUUAAUGAAUGCGAUAUUGAAGAAAAUAUGCUUGCUGGAGAUGCAAAAUUAUAAAA